UCUGAUGUAAAUGUAGCCAGUGUGUCUUCAAACGUCAUAGCGGUAAAGUAGCCUUAUUAUUUUUACAGGAAGGGUUAACUAAUCGCUCUGAAAGGUUCGUGGUCCGGCCCCGUUGUGAAUCAAUGGGACUUGACCUAUAGCUGAAGACUAAUUCAUUCAACAUUCCCCCACCCUGAUGAUUAUAAAUAUCAAGGACAGGUUUCACAGUCUUCACUCUUGAUCUUGCCUCUGAGACUCAACAGCUGAAGAAAACGUCUGACACUAUGAAAGAUUUAAGGACUCUUGCGGCUUACGCUCUUGCACUGUUACUACUGGCAACGUUUGUGUCCCAUUCCUGGAGUGCGCCGAAGGGCAGUUUUCAGCGUCGGAAUUGGACGCCCCAAGCCAUGUUAUAUCUGAAGGGCACACAGGGACGACGCUUUGUGUCAGAAGACAGAAAUGAAGGGGACUUGUACGACACAAUACGCUUGGAGUCACGCAGCCAAAACACAGAAAACCUGAGCAUCUCUAAAGCGGCUGCAUUUCUCCUAAAUGUUCUCCAGCAAGCCAGAGACGAGGGUGAGCCUUACUGAAACCAGCUACAAGAGCGCCAACAACUUACUCU